CAUUACCUCCUUCUCAAGCCGAACCCCAAUCCUUCCUCACCUUCUUCGAUCGCGCUACUUCGACCUAAUCCCCGGUGGUGGGAAAGGACCGAGAAGAGCGAAGAGAUAGAACCUGUGAGCCAUGGUGGAGACACGGCGGAGCUCGGUGUCGUCCUCCAAACGGUCCUCGUCUGACCCGUCACCUGCGACUCCCCCGCCCUCGAAACGAUCAAAGGAGGAGGCAGGAGUCUCGCCCAAGGGGCAGCGGGAGGAGUCCCCCAGGGAAGAAGCCGCGCCAGCCGCUGACUACCAGCAGUUGAACCCCGAUCAGCCUGGAGCGGACACUACUGCAACGCGUGAUGGGAAGUCGGCUGAUGCCCCUGGCCACGUGGUCCAGUCGCUGGCCCGAGAACGAGCAACCAAGGAGGCCAGGAAUCUUGGCCUCAGCUCGGUUGAAAAUUCAAUGAAACGGGCAGCAAAAUCACAACAGAAGGCUACAUGGGCUAAGCUUAUUUCACAAUACUCUCAGAAUCCCCAUCUUCUUCUUUCUAGUCCUCACUUCAUUGUUGGCCAAAGCCCAACCUGUAAUUUGUGGUUAAAGGAUCCAUCUGUCAGUAAAACUCUUUGCAGAUUGAGACAUUCCCAGCUUGGAGGUUCAUCGGUAGCAAUGCUUGAAAUAGUAGGAAGGAAAGGAGUUGUGCAGGUAAAUGGAAAGACUUUUGAGAGAAACUCAAAUGUUGUUCUCAUGGGAGGAGAUGAAUUGAUUUUUAGUGCUUCAGGGAAACAUGCUUAUAUAUUUCAGUUACUUAAGAACAACAAUUCAGCUGUGUCGGUGCUACCUUCUCCACUUGAUAUUUCAGAACCAAAGGUUCUCUCUGCUAAAGAAGUACAAGUUGAGACCAGGUCAGGAGAUCCAUCAGCAGUUGCUGGAGCAUCAAUACUGGCAUCCCUUUCUAAUAACAUAAAGGAUCUGCCUGAUGCGCCAUCAUCACCUAUUGAUGAGAACAUUCAUGAAGGUUUAGAAAAGCCUGCCUUGGAUUCUGUUUGUGAUGCAUCAGAAGAUUGUAAUCCAGAUCUUGAGAAGGACUCUGAUAUUCUAAAGGAAACCUCUGACAAUGAUGGGGGUGCUGAGUCUCCAACUGAUAAUCCUGAUGCAGUCUUAUCUUCUGAUCUUGUUGGAGAUGAGGUCAUGCAACUUGAUAGUAUUGGUCCUGAUGUGCGCCAUGACGAUGAAAUUGGGAAGGUUUCUUCUAUAAACUAUGAAACACGUCCCUCUUUAAGAAUGCUUGCAGGAUCCCCUACAUCUGAUCUGGAUUUGACUGUAAAUGCUUUCAAAGCAUUUGAUGAUCAUAGGGAUUUCCUCAAGGAUCUGGAAUCAACAACUUUCGUUCCCUCUAAUAGAUGCCAAGCUUUUAAAGAUGGUUUGAAACAAGCAAUACUUAAUCCAAGUGAUAUUCAAGUUUCGUUUGAGAAGUUUCCCUACUAUUUGAGUGAGAACCUGAAAAAAAUUCUCAUGACUUGUGCAUUGAUUCAUCUGGAACGCAAGGAAUUCAUAAAGUACACUGCAGAUAUUUCAUCAGUAAAUAAUCGGAUUCUAUUAUCUGGCCCAACAGGAUCUGAAAUAUAUCAAGAAACUUUAAUAAAGGCCCUUGCCAAACAGUUUGCUGCUAGACUGCUCACUAUUGAUUCUCUUCUGUUACCCAGUGGAUCAUCUUCGAAGGACUCAGAAACAUUAAAAGAGAGUGUGAGAAUGGAUAAACAAGGCAUCUUUUGUAAGCACCGUACUACUCUUAUUGACAGCGUACAACUGAGAAAACCAACUUCCAGUGUGGAAGCAGAUAUUGCAGGGGCAUCUUUAAAUUCUCAGUCUCUUCCAAAGCAAGAGAUAUCUACUGCAACAUCAAAGAACUACACAUUCAAAGAAGGUGAUAGGGUGAAAUAUGUUGGCUCAUUUCCUUCAUCAGGCUUUCCUAUUCAGCCACCUCAAAGGGGCCCAAAUUAUGGGUACCGUGGGAGAGUACUUCUUGCUUUUGAAGAAAAUGUAUCCUCUAAGGUUGGAGUUAGAUUUGACAAACAAAUUCCAGAGGGUAAUGAUCUUGGGGGCUUAUGCGAAGAAGAUCAUGGAUUCUUUUGCGCUGCUGAUUUACUUCGCCCAGACUUCUCUGGGAGUGAGGAGUUUGAAAAGCUUGCAAUCAAUGAAUUGUUAGAGGUUGUGACAGAAGAAAGUAAAAAUGGCCCUUUGAUUGUUUUUCUCAAAGAUAUUGAGAAAUCUAUAUCUGGAGUUACGGAUUCAUAUAUGACAAUGAAAAACAAGCUUGAGUUGAUGCCACAAGGUAUUCUUAUAGUCGGGUCACAUUCACAGGUUGACAACCGCAAAGAAAAGUCACAUCCUGGUGGGCUUCUUUUUACAAAAUUUGGAAGUAACCAGACGGCCUUACUUGAUUUGGCUUUCCCGGUACCUCUAAUUACAUUUCACUUGCUUGCAAUACUGUUGGAUUUUUUACUGUGGUUUUGAGAGGAAAAACAAAGU